AUGCGCCCGGUGGUCCGAGACCUCUACAAGCAAAUCCUCGUCGUCGGCCGCGCCUACCCCGCGGGCCUCGACGCCGUGCGCGACCGCGCCAAGCGCGAGUUCCGCGAGCGCGCGGACCUGCGGACCGAAGCGGACAUCCGCAAGGCCGUCGGCUACGGGCGCUACAUGCUGCGCGAGAUGCGCGCGCUGAUCCAGCUCAAGAAGUACCGCACGCUCAAGGCCAAGGGCUACGGCGCGCCGGCGCAGCGGUGACGGCAUGGCAGAAGACGAGCCGCCACCGACGCUGGUCUUCACCGCUCUCCCGGACGACGUCUUGCGCCGCAUCGCUACAUGUUCCGGGGCGUCCGCGGUCGUCGUGGCCUGCGCGAGCCGCGGCGCGGCCGACCAGCGGCUGGCGCUGCGGAGAGGCGUCGACGACUUCGAGCGGGCGCGCUUCGGCGGGCGGCCGGGCCUGACCGUGCGCGAGGCCGCGCAGCUGCUCGACGCAGUACUGGCACCAGACGUGAACUGGCAGACGCGGCGAGCGGCGGGCCGUCACCUGGCCACGAGCGUGCAGUAUGCGCCGCACAUGGGCGGAUGCACGACGGAGCUCGUCGAACGGCUCCUCGCCUACGGCGCGAGUCCCAACGAGCGCGUACGCGCCGUCGUGGCGGGUUCAAAUGGGCAUUGGAUGGCGACGCCAUUGCAUUGGGCCGCGCGCUUCGGCCACGACAACGGCCUCGCGGUCGCGCGAGCGCUCGUCGCGGGGGGCGCCGAUAUCCACGCCAAAGUCAAGAAUAUCGGCGCGGGGCCGUCAUAUCAGCCGCGGCAUACGCCGCUGGCGUGGGCGUUGGCGUCGCUCAUGCUUGACCCGUUCGGCGGGCUAUCUCUUGGGCCCAUUUUCGGGCAGCGAUGGGCGGAAGAGGUGUGCGCGGCGGUGGCUAUUUACCUGCUUGAGUGCGGCGCGGACGCUUGGGAGGCCUGCCGCGACCUCGUCGCGGAGGUCGGCCACGACGGGGUCUACGACGUCCCCGACCCUGUGGCCUGCAUCGUCCAGGGGCUGCGGGACCAGGGCCUCGCGCGGCGCGGCGGGCCCUUCGCUGCCCAGAUCGACGUCCUGGUCAAUCUCCUCGCACCCGACCGAGUCGUGGCGACGGCCGCGCCGGCGGAGUCAUCGUCCUCCUCCGAGUCAUCCGGCUUGGACUCGGAAUCAGACUCGGGCUCAGACGAGUCUGACUCGGACCUCGAGCCCGGAACUCCGUAG